AUGAUAAUAUUAAGCGUUUUGGGAAAAGAAGAGGCGCUUGCAAGACCACCAUCGGCAUCAACAUCGUGUGGGUCUUGCAGGCAGCUCCAACAGGAGCUGCAAGAAGUUCGACAACAACUACAACAAGAACGACAACAACUGCAGCAGCAACUACAACAACAAUCACAAGAAAUAGCGCGAUUUCGUCGUCGUGCUUCUGUCAGUCCUCCGGUCGAUCUUCGUCGUCGUUCUCGUUAG